CUGUGUGCCGAAGAAGCUCAAGCUAACUUUGUGAAAAGAGAGCCGGUCCUUUAUAGUUGUUGGUUAAACGAUGUACCAGUCAAGAUGGGACAGUCCCUGUGCAUUUGCUCCCGUGGCUCCAUCACUAUUGACAACAAAAAAUAUUACUUUGUUCAGAAACUAGACGAAGGUGGGUUCAGUUAUGUUGACCUGGUAGAGGGGGCCAAAGAUGGCCACUUCUAUGCCCUAAAGAGGAUCCUCUGCCAUGACCGUGAGGGUCGCCAAGAAGCUCAGACAGAAGUGGAAAUGCAUCAGAUGUUCAACCAUCCCAACAUCUUGAGCCUGGUUGCGUACGCUUUUGUUGAUCACGGAGGCAAGACCGAAGCCUGGCUGCUCCUGCCGUAUGUUAGAAAAGGAAGUCUGUGGUCCGUUCUGGAGAAGUUGAGAGACAAGGGGAGCUCGAUGCCAGAAAAAAUGAUUUUGCACAUUUUUCGCGGGAUCUGCUCUGGAUUGAAGACCAUCCAUGAAAAAGGCUAUGCACACAGAGAUCUGAAACCAACUAAUGUGCUCCUGGAUGAAGAUGACAAACCAGUUCUGAUGGAUCUUGGCUCAAUGAACCGUGCAAGAAUUGAGGUUAGAGGAUCCAGAGAAGCCAUGACCAUUCAGGACUGGGCAGCCCAGAGGUGCACCAUUUCCUACAGGGCCCCGGAGCUCUUUAACGUGGAGAGCCACUGCAUUAUCGAUGAGGGUACUGAUAUCUGGUCGCUGGGUUGUGUGCUGUACUGCAUGAUGAUGUUGGAGGGGCCGUUUGACAUGGUCUUUCAGAAGGGGGACAGUGUUGCUUUGGCUGUCCAGAACCCAGUCACUAUCCCACCAACCUGCCGUUACUCAGAAGGCCUGCAGAUGCUCCUGAGCUCUAUAAUGGUCUCCAAUCCCCAGGAAAGGCCCAACGUCAGCUGGGUUCUGGAUCAGAUACAGGACCUGCAGAGUCGCAGCCCGAACACUCAAACCAACAUGGUCUGAUGGCGCGCUCCAUGUGGAGCCAUCCACACCUUUUGCACACCUCACUCAUCUCUCUUAAUACCAGUAUGAAACGUUUCUUAUGUUUUUAGCUUAGUAAAAAAUCACGGAUUUUCACAUCUUUUGCAAAGCUUUGCAAAUGUGGGGGGGUUUGGUUGUCAGUCCAACCAGAAUGACUUCUUUAUGGUGAUUGAAAUGCCUUAAGUUUAAUUUGACUCUGAAGUGUAAUGCUAACAGUGGCUUUCCCUCAUUAGCUAAAAAAAAAACAACGUAUUUUCCCUCUGAAAGUUAGACGAGGAGGUAAACGUCAUUCUCAAUUACUUCAGUCAGCAGCCUGCCAUCUUCUCUUUGCAUUAUGAGUGGAAAAAGCAUAAAAUGUUAUAUCUUGUCGUUUUAGGUUGUAGAAAGACCGAGUAAAAGCAGCUGCACCAAAAAGAUUUAACUUAUCAAAUGGUAAGUUUUAAAGUAGUUGGCUGGUGAAUCUCAUCAUCACACAGAUUCUACUGUGCCCCCCCCAUUCUUGCAGUCUUUGUGCUAAUUUAAGUUUUUCAUUAGUUAAUGGCUGCUGCCUUUAAAAUAUGAUUCUAGCACAUUCCUGAAAGACAGCAGAAUGCUCUUGUCUUAACAUCGUAAUUCUUUUGAUAAGAAAAGAGAUGCUUUGAAAGUUAAUAAACUUUCUAUCAAAUGAAUCCUCCCUGAGUUCAGUAAAUAUUAGAUUAAAUAGUUCAGAGGGCAGGAUUACUGCCCCAUUCAUUUUAUUUGUAAAUCUUCAUUUCUUGGAUUUGUGUGCAUGUGAGUGUUGAAAACACCUUUAUUCUUUCUCUCUUUGACUGAACUGGAGAAAAGUUCAGCUCCCUGUCUGCAUCAUUGCAUUUGGACACAACGGCGCUCCGCCUUUACCUCAUCUCUUUACAAACUUGCACGAUCGUUCACGUUUGCGUCGACUUUUAGCAGUUUGCAGCAUUACAGUUUCUUUUUCCACCGAACAGGGGAAAGAUGGAGAGGAAUAAUUUGUACAGACCUAAAUGAUAGAAAUGGACAUUUUUAUCGAGAUAUGGAACCCAUGAAUACUUGUAUUAACUGUAAUUUAAUGAGUUGGGGUACCCGGCAUUCCACAGAGGCAUUUUAAUUAAUUUUUUUAUGACAAUUGUUUUUUCAACUUAUAUGUUUUCAUUUCCUGUUUAAAUUUGUUUUUUCUUUCACGUGUCGCUGACUCGCUUUUGUUCUCUCAGGGUACGGUCACAUCUCAACAGGUCUUUCUGAGUGGAUCUAAAUGGUACCUUUUAAACUUUCUGACAAAGUGAUAUUUUAUGCAUUUAAGUUUGAUGCUUCUGUGACUGUAAUGCAGUGAUAUGGGACUAUGUGACUGUUGAAGUGUCGUUGGACAUUGACGUGUACAGUUCAUUGUUGGAACAUGUCUGAUGUAGUUGACACAAUCAUUCAAAUAUGCUAGCAUUGUGUAAUGAAAAGUGUGGUGAUGGCCAGUGGCUGUAAAAGGCUAAAUAAAACUAGUUUGAUGCGAAAGGCAAGAAAUGUAAUAAAUGUGUUCGUCCCAGAUUACGAGGAGUUUGAUUGACAUAAAUUCUGUAGAAACUGUAUCCUGGUAUUCACUGCACAGCACAGAGUGAAUGAAUAACUGUAUACUUUUUAAUAUUGUGAAAUAAAAUGGCAUCCCGCAUUGAAUUUCAAAGCAAUUCUCC